AUGGCUGUGAGCACCGCUGACAAGUCGAAGCCGUACAUUCCACACGCCGGUCAAGCGAGAGACGGCUGGUCUACAGAGGACCGGGCCACAGCCAGCUGUUACUGUGGCAAAGUGCAGCUCUCCUUUCCGAUCAAUAAAGGCAAGGGACUUGUCAACACAUUCGUCUGCAACUGUGUCGACUGUCGCAAGAUCACAGCGUCCAUGUUCGCCAGCAACUUCAUCGUUGAGAACUCUCUCCUCGAGCAUAUCCGUGGGCAGGAGUUGCUUAAGACAUAUAGCCAGAACGAGACGAUAGUAUCAGGCAAGGCCAUGACCAAUCACUUUUGUAGUAACUGCGGCUCCCUCAUGUAUCGUGUCAGCGAGCGUUUUCCCGAGAUCAGCAUCUUGCGUAUUGGCACUGUUGACGACUUUUCGCUACACGAAACGAAACUCCGGCCGGUCGAGGAAUAUUUCACAAAGGAUCGGGUUUCCUGGUUCUCGGGUGUCACGGGUGUGGAGAAGACGUUUCCGGGCCAUGCCUGA